AUGACUGACACAUUUAGAGGAGGUUUAGGUAAUUUUAAAAAGGGAUCAAAUGAUUUCAGAAGGGCAAAUAAUAACUCGGUACGUAAAGGUGAUUCAUGGAAAGGAUUAAACGGAGGAAGAGGAGGUGGAGGAGGAAGAGGCGGUGGAGGAAGAGGCGGUGGAGGAAGAGGUGGUGGAGGAAGAGGUGGUGGAGGAAGAGGCGGUGGAGGAAGAGGUGGUGGAGGAAGAAGUGGAGGAGGAAAUAGAGGUUUUAAUAAAGAUAAAAAGAAUUUCAAAAAAGAUGGUAAAUCAGGUAAGGUAAUAGUAGUACCGCAUAGGUUCCCAGGAGUAUAUUUAUUAAAAGGAAAAUCGGAUAUACUAGUUACCAAAAAUUUAGUUCCUGGUGAAAGUGUAUAUGGAGAAAAAAGAUAUGAAGUAAUGAGUGAAGAUGAUAAAGUUGAAUAUCGGGUAUGGAAUCCUUUUCGCUCCAAACUAGGAGCAUGUUUAAUGGGUGGUGUUGGUAAUAUGCCAAUAAAACCGGGAAGUAAAGUUUUAUAUUUAGGUGCAGCCAAUGGAACUUCAGUUUCUCAUGUCUCUGAUAUGAUAGGAGAAGAAGGUGUCGUUUAUGCGGUUGAAUUUUCUCAUAGAUCAGGUAGAGACUUAACAAAUAUGUCAAAAAAAAGGUCAAACAUUGUUCCAAUUGUUGAAGAUGCUAGACAACCAAUUAAAUAUCGAAUGCUAGUUGAUAUGGUUGAUGUUGUUUUUGCUGAUGUUGCUCAACCAGAUCAGGCUCGUAUUGUUGCUUUAAAUGCUCAUAUGUUUCUAAAAACAGGUGGAUGGUUUAUUAUUUCUAUUAAAGCUAAUUGCGUAGAUUCUACUGCCAAACCAGAAGUUGUUUUUGCAUCUGAAAUGGAAAAGCUAAAAAAAGAAAACUGCAAACCUAAGGAAAAAUUAACAUUAGAACCAUUUCAUCGUAAUCAUGCUAUUGUUUUAGGUGUAUAUAGAUAA